AGCCGGCAGCACGGCACGGUUAGUCCGCCUCGUGUUGAGAACAUAUCAACGUGUGCUUUGAAACCAUAUCAUCUGUCCACUGUCCUUCCUUCCCUGCUUGCUGCCGAUCAAUCAGUCGAUCCACCAGUUGCAUCUGCAUUGCAUCCGCGAUCCAUCUCCGUCCCGUCUGCUCAACCCAGUCUCAGCGCGUCGUCGUCGUCGUGCCAGCUAGCUCCACCAGCCGGCGACGACAAGCUAGCUGCCAAUAGCCGCCAUCGUCAAACCUGUGUGCGCACGCGAGCGGCGGCGGCAUUGCAGUUGCAGCCCCGGCCGGGGCAGCCGUGACGACGACGACCGUACGUGGUGGGUGGGAGAUGGCGGACGGACGGCGAUGGCAAGCAGCAGCAGCCGGCUGGCCGGCGGCGGAGCCGGAGGAGCACGACGACGACGGCGCGACGGCGGCUGGUGUCUUGUCCGGCGAGUACCAGGCUCUCGAGACGUCCACGCUGGUGUCGGCGCUGACCCACGUCGUCGCCGGCGGCGACGGGUACCCGCCGUGGGCCGCCGGCGCUGCCCGGGAGAAUAAUCGUGCGGCAAUGGCUGACCCCGGCCAGGCCUACAGCUACGGCUACGGCUACGCCGCCGCACCGACACCGGCUCAUUUCUUCGAAGCAGCAGCAGGAGGAGGAGAGCAGGGGGGCGCGGCGGCCAUGGAGGACGGCCACCACUACUCGCCCACGGCCGCCGCCGCCGGCGGCGGCGGUGGUGGCGAGCGGCGGUUCCGCGGCGUGCGGCAGCGGCCGUGGGGGAAGUGGGCGGCGGAGAUCCGGGACCCGCACAAGGCGGCGCGCGUGUGGCUCGGCACGUUCGAGACAGCCGAGGCCGCGGCGCGCGCCUACGACGAGGCCGCGCUCCGCUUCCGCGGCAGCCGCGCCAAGCUCAACUUCCCCGAGGACGCGCGCCUCACCACGCCGUCCACCACCGCGGUCGCCACGGCCGCCGCUCCGGCGGCGGCGGGAUCGUCCACGACGACGACCAUGGCGGCGGCGGCCUCGACGGGCGGGUACUACUACCCGGCCACGGCCAGCGCCGCCGCCGUCUCUGCUGCUGACUACCUGCAGUACCAGAUGCUUCUGCAGGGGGCCGGCAGCAGUAGUCAUGGCGGGUACCCUCUGUACUACGACUAUGGCGGCGGCGGCGGUGCCAUGAGCAGUUCUUCGGGCUCCUACUCUUUCCCCGCCUCCACGGUUACCGUGGCUUCAGUGCCGUCCUCUGCCUCCUCUGCUCCGAGCUACGGCGAGGCGGCGGGGCAGUGGACAGCCUGGCCGCCGGAGAGUGCGUGGAGCUAUCCGGCGACCACGGGUUCUUCUUGGUCUGGUUCAAGCCAGUAUCCACCGUCAACUCGUCCUCCUCAAUAGUCCAUGCUCCAUGUUUCUUUUUUUUUAAAAAAAAAAAAGUUCCAUGUUUCAUUUCAUAAGACGUACACGGCCUUCCUUUUUUUUCUCUCCACAAAGAAGAAAGCUUGUGUGGGUUGAGACGACAUAGAUAAUAGAUGGUUUUAUUCAAGAAGAUGCAUGCAUCCGUGCAAAGAAGGUUGCAAUAUUGCGUUUGUUCUUCACUUGGUGGUGUUGAAUCCUGUACCAAUCAUGUGUUAAUAAUGGUUUUGGUUGCAACGAUAAUAGAAAACGCAAGCGAUAAAUAAUAGUAUUUAUUUCAUUAUAAAA